ACUGGAGCAAUACUUUGUAUCCGUCCGCGACUGGCCGCGGUCACAGGCGCAGUCUGGCCGUUUUGUCCGUGUAGGUGUAGCUAGUUACGUGCGUGACAGUGUCUGUAGAUGAGUGUUUCCGCUGGAGGAUCAUUGCCUAUUGAGAUCCCGACAAAGAGCCAGUUCCGUAUCAGUGCAACACAAUAAUCGAUCUACCAAACCCAAAUAGUGUGAACUUUGCUCCUGAAUUCAUUGGCCCUUAAGCGUUGGAAAUAACUUUCCACGCCGUUCAACACCCGAGUGCAAAACGGAAUAACAGAAAAUUAAAUUUACAGAUACUGCCAAUCUCGCAUCUUAGUCCUGCAGGAUCGCGAAACGAUCUUUUUGUGUUAGUGGCAGGGUACAGGAACGGAAAAAUUGGUGAAAGUUAUCGUUCUUGCUCCGAGCAAGUGUGUUUCUUGUCAAGGAACAAUUGUGGAAUGACCGGACCAGCGACCUCAACAAAGUGAAGAAGCUGCGGAGAACAUAUAGCAGUGUGUGUAUUUUUUUUUUAUUCGCUUGUCCAACCGCAAUCCAGUUAGUGCUAGUUUUUUUAACUCUAGUCCAAGGUAACCUGUUUGUGGAAAAUUUAGAAUACACUUGGAAUCAAUAACAAACGAUAACAAGAAGACCGACAGUAUAACAGUAAUAACUUCAUCAUCGUACGAGCGGACGAUCUACUGAAGUCAGGGCCGGUAGCAGGCUAACAAGAUGGAGAACAAGCGGAUCGUCUGGUCCGCGAUGCUGCUUACGCUCGCAGCACUGGCAGCAACGGCUGAAGCUGCCAAAUUCCAAUGUCAGGAGGAAGGCUUUGCCGUCGAUCCCAACGACUGUGCCGUGUUCUAUCGCUGCGUUCAGGAAGGUGAUAGUUUGACGGCGUACAAGUUCCGCUGUGGACCAGGAACCGUUUUUUCGAUGAACGAAAAUGUGUGUGUACAUCCACGCGACUCGGAGCGAGAGGAGUGCCGGGAGACUGGUAACGAAAUCGACGGACCAGCGCCGGAACCCGAACCGGCGGUACCAGAGCCGGAACCUGCCGCGCCGGAACCCGAACCACAAACGAUGGAGCAGAACGAGCAGGAACCGAUGGCGAUGGGUAAUGGAGAACUCGAACAGAAUGGUGAUGCUGAAAACAGUGUAAAUCCGGAAGCACAACCAUCAAGUACGACACAGCGACCAACCUCGGCGGCCACUACCGGAAGUAGCGGCAGCUCCGGCUCCAGCACUAGUCAACCAGCUGGAUCGGGAAUGGCCCCGGCCUGUACGGAGGAUGGAUUUAUGGGUGAUCCAAAUGAUUGUAAGAAGUUCUAUCGCUGUGUUUCGAAUGGCAAUGGACAGUUUACGCGAUACGAAUUCCGCUGCGGCGAUGGUACGGUGUGGGACGAUAAUGCCGGUAGCUGUAACCACGAUUGGGCGGUACAGGAUGGACGAUGUGGUAAACCAAAUGGACAAGGGUCUUCAAAUGGUCAGCAUGGCCCUGAUGAAACCGGUAGUGGACCCAACGGACCAGAAGGUAACGGUAGCGGACCAAAUGGACCUAGUGGUCCAAAUGGUACUGAUGGACCUGACGGAUCAAGCAAUGGGUCUAAUGGACCUGAUGGAUCAAGUAAUGGACCGAAUGGAUCAAACGGAUCAAACAACGGACCAAGUGGGCCUGAUGGACCAAACAAUGGACCCAAUGGACCAAAUGGACCUGACGGACCCAAUGAGUCUUCUAAUGGACCUAAUGGACCUAACGGACCGGAUGGACCAAACGGACCCGGUGGAUCUGAAGGACCAAACGGACCUAACGGACCAGAAGGACCAAACGGACCUAGCGGACCUAACGGACCGGAUGGACCAAAUGGCCCUGGUGGACCUGAAGGACCAAACGGACCUAAUGGUCCAGAAGGAUCUAACGGACCAGAAGGAUCUAACGGACCUAACGGACCUAAUGGGCCGAAUGGACCUGAAGGACCAAAUGAGUCAAACAGCUCGAACGGAACCGAAGAUUCCACUGCUCCUGGACAACAGUCCACAACAGUUCCCCCAUGUCAGCAGCAAACUACGACCACCACACAAUCACCCGCAGUACCCGCUGGAAGUAAUGGUGUAUGUGAACAGGAAGGGUUCAUGGAACAUCCCUCAAACUGCAAGAAAUUCUAUCGAUGCGUCGACAAUGGUAACGGUGGAUACGAUCGGUACGAGUUCACUUGUGGGCCCGGAACAGUUUGGGACAAUGACAUUCUUGCCUGUAACCAUCCAACGUCGGUUCAAAAUUCCAAGUGUGGCACAGGAGGUGAAACUGCAUCCUCCCAGUAUCCGGGAAGUUCGUCAGGCCCCGGCAACACAUAUUUGCCCCCGGCACAAUCGUCUACCGAAUCCAUGCCAAGCACGACGGAGCAGACAAUGAGCAGCUUGGAACCAGAGUCUCUAACCACUGGUGCCACGGAUGCUGCUAGUCAGGAAACGACCAGCAGCACUAGCACAACAGCCCAACCAGAAACGGCGCAAUCAACUACUGAAGCAGCAAAGCCAGAAACUUCUUCAAGCGCUCAAGAACAAACUACCGAAACUCAAAAUCAAACCACUGAAGCUUCCAAGGAAGAGGCAACUUCUAACGCCCAGGAGCAGACAACUGAAUCGCAGAGUCAGACAUCCACUACGGUGGCGGGAGAUUCGUCGACAACUCCUGAAGGAGCUACCGAAACUUCGACAAUGCCUUCAUCUGAAGGAUGCGAUUCCGAAGGAUUCAAACCCCAUCCCACCAACUGCAAGAUGUUCUAUCGCUGUGUCGAUAACGGCAAGGGAGGAUACACGAAGUACGAGUUUACGUGCUCAGAAGGCACUGGCUGGGACGAAAGCAAGCAGGCCUGUAACUACGAGUACGAGAUUCCCAACUGCGGCGCCGAUCGUCCACCAGAGCCUGAACCAGAGCCGAGCGGCACGGACAUGACGACGGGAGCAAGUGAAGGUACCACCGCAACAACCGAUGUAGCCACCGAUGGUACAACCCCCGCUCAGGAGAGUACCACCGCCAAACAAGAGACGACAACCACAGCAGCACAGGAAGCUACCACUACCUCUGCGAAUCAGCAAACUACUACAACGGACCAAGCAAACCAGGAAACGACAACGGCUCCUAGCGAUUCAACUACAAGUGCCUCGUCGUCGGCCCAAGAAACGACUACUACUGGCGCUACAGGACAGGAGAUGACCACCUCCAAUGAAAUGGCAUCCGAAAUGACGACCGUACAGGGGCAGGAAAUGACCACAGCUGGGGGUGCAACGACCACAACUGGUAGUGAGACGACCGCAGCUGGUAGUGAAAUGACCACAGAAAGCUCUCAACAGACAACUACAAUGGGUUCUUCGUCGGGUGAAUGUACUGAGGAGGGUUUCAUGGGAAGUCCGGACGAUUGCCGCAAGUUCUACCGAUGUGUAGACAACGGCAAGGGUGGAUUCAAUAAGUAUGAUUUCACUUGCGGCGAAGGUACCGCAUGGGAUCAAGCGCUUCAAACGUGCAAUCAUGAGAAUGUUGUUGAAAUGUGCGGCGGACAGACAGGUAACACUAGCAAUAACACUAACCAAACACAAUCAUCAUCAACAUCAUCUACAACAACUACAUCUACUACUGCUUCUACUACCACUACUACUACUUCAACUACCACUACUACUACUUCAACUACCACUAAAGCACCUUCCACAACAUCUACUACUACCACUACUACCACACAAGCUCCCUCCACAACUGCUUCUACUACCACUACCCAAACACAACCCCCAUCCACCACUACACAAAGCACAACCUCCACUACCACCUCCUCCGCACAACCAUCAACAACAUCAUCGUCAUCAUCAUCAUCAUCCGCAACUACCCAAAGCAUGCAAUCCUCGUCCGAACCCACCACCACUGAGCGCAUGAAAGCUUCUUCCUCCUCCUCGACGCCAGUGAACUGCACGGAGGCUGGCUUCUUUCCGAAUCCGGACGACUGUACCAAGUUCUACCGUUGCGUUGACUGGGACGGUAUGGGUGAAAACUUUUCCGUCUUUCACUUCGACUGCCCCGAGGGUACCAUAUGGGAUCCCGCUGUAAAUACCUGCAAUCAUGAGGACAGCGUCCAACCACCCCGCAAUUGCUCCAAAUCUGCCCCACCGGAAACUACUGAAUCGAACGCUGAAUCCACCACCUCUGUUACAGAAGAACCAGGUUCUACGACUGAGGGCGCACAAAUGACAACGACUGCACAGCAAACGGAAGCGACUACUGCCGCCAGUGGGCAGCAGGAGACGACUACCGAUUCCAUGAGCACCGAAACAACAGCUGCCCCGAAGGAAGAAACCACGACACAGCAGCAAAUGAUGACGACCACGGAUACGGCGGCUCAAGAAACGACCACCAUGGCUGGUCAGGAAACUACCCAAGCGGCUGCUACGACUGAAGGAUCUCAAGAAACGACAACAAUGGCCGCCCAAGAAACGACAACGAUGGCUGCCCAGGAAUCCACCACGACGGCGGCACAGGAGACAACGACGAUGGGUGCUCAGGAAUCGACCACGAUGGCAGCUCAGGAGACAACGACGAUGGCUGCACAGGAAACAACAACCAUGGCCGCACAGGAAACAACGACCAUGGCGGCACAGGAAACAACGACUAUGGCUGCCCAGGAAUCUACCACUGGCAGUAACCAACAGGAGACAACUACAGCCUCUCCACAGGAAACAACAACGUCUUCUAGUGGAGAGCAGGAGAUGACCACAAUGGGUCAGUCCGAGAUGACCACCGAAGCUGCCGGUCAGGAGCAAACAACCGAAGGUAUGGAAUCAAGCACGGAACCGGCCUCUCAGGAGUGUCCAGCUGGUUGCAUGAGCUCAUGCCCACCAGUUGACGAAGAUCAGGAUCGGUUCGUAUGUCCGACCGGCUUCAAGCGUCAUCCCAAGAACUGCAAUCUAUUCUAUCAGUGUACGGAGAAACCCAACAGCUACGAUUACAGCAUCGUCGUGUUUAGCUGUCCCAACGACACCGUCUACCAGGAGGACCGAACACAGUGCACAGCACCUGCUGAGGGCGAUGACCGCUGCACGGCAGCUAAAUUACGAUCGCAACUACGUAGUACACGGCAGCUGCCGGUUAUGCAGCUUGGCUCGAUGGAACCGCUUUGCCCGACUGAUGGUCACUUCGCGAUCGACGAUCAAAAAUGCAGCUCCACCUUCUUGCGCUGUACACAAGGACGAUCAGGUCUGCAGCCGAACAUGUUCCGCUGCCCGAAGGGUUACGUCUACUGGCGAGUCAGUCGCCGCUGUGAGCGUGUCCAGAAGAUCCCAGAGUGCCAAUCGACACCGAUGCAAGAACGCUCGGAACUUCCGGUCGAGUGGAUUAACAUCGGUAACCGUCGCCGAAGUUUGUUCUAGAGACGAUAGCUAUUCGUCUCCAAGGAGCAAACGAGCCCCAUCUGCCAUAGUUCUUCAUCGUGUUUCAGCACAACCCUUUCAGCUGUCCUUUCUUUCCCGAAACGCAACUGAACGUACUCAACGUGAACUGGUGCCAGUGUGGAUUGCGCUUGGUGCAGGUUCUUUCGGACAAACCUAUACCGCUCACUCACUGCACUGCUGCGACAACCAGUUCUAGUCAGCAAGAAAUGUCCCUGAGCGAGCGGCAUAAAGCACUCCACAGCUAGCUGCCGUCGAUCGAGCGCAGUUUGGUGUCUCGAUCGCCAACUACGAUAUACAAACUACGCUAGGAAAACUAGUAUUUAACGUCUAGCUUUAAGUGAGCGUCGGAUGCAGCACGAAAGUGUAAAUAAUUCCUUCUUCCGUAAAAUUCACCGUUUGCUUGGGGAUUUUGCAUGAAGAUUGAUUUCGAUGAUAAACAAAACCGACAAGAAAUUUUUUGCCUCCGGAUUUCUCUCCGGUUCACUGUCGUUCAUACGAGCGAGUGUAGCUAGAAUCGAUUUUAUGCUGUUCUAACUACUGAGCUUUCAAGCGCUUUGCGAAAAUGAGCUUUCACGUGAGUUUGUACUGACAUUUUGUACCAUUGUUUUCGCAAAGCAAAUGAUGGUGAACCAUUGAGCAAUCGAGCUUUUGUGAGCUACUAUCUUUUAAUCACAUACGACCAAUAAGAUUGUACUAGCAUAGGACGAGUGCGCUUUUACAGCAAUGCACGCCCAAAUGAAACAGGUACAUCGAAAUAAAGCUGCUGUAAUUUAUUGUAA